UCUAUUUUCCUUCCUCCCUGCUUACGUCACUUCCGUCCGGGACACUCGCUGACAACACGGGCCAUGGCGUCCAGCUCGGAGCGGAAUCCUCCUCCUUUCCCCGCAUCAGAGAAGCCGGAGCCCGGACUGUCUGACAUGGCAGACGGAGACAGCGACAGCGACGAGGGAGCGGACAUUUUUGUCAGCAACAGCCUCCCGACGUCUGUCAGUCGAGGAGUUUCUCAGCCAGAGGAGCCCGCAGAUUUGUUCGGCCAGGAGACUCCCACCGCCAAACCCAACAGAGUUUACUCCGAUGACGAUGACCUGUUUGCAGAAGCACAAGCGGAUUUAAGCUCAGACACACCUGGCAACUCUGCUCGCAAAGAUCUCUCCACCUCCUCUGGCCUUCCGUCUGCUCGGAGUCCUGCAGCUCUGCAGCCCACCUCCUUGGAGCAGUUGGAAGAGGAAGAGGCCAAGGAUUGUUUUGAUGUGGAUGUUGCUGUCACCAAUCCAGAGAAAGUUGGAGACGGCAUGAACGCUUAUGUGGCCUACAAAGUAUCCACCAGGACCUCUUUGCCCAUCUUCAAAAGUAAGGUCUUCUCUGCCAGGAGGCGUUUCAGUGAUUUCUUAGGCCUCUAUGAAAAGCUGUCGGCCAAACAGUCGCUCCAUGGCUGCAUCAUACCGCCUCCACCGGAGAAAAGUGUUGUAGGAAUGACAAAAGUGAAGGUGGGCAUGGAUGACCCGUCAUCUGUGGAGUUUGUGGAGAAGAGAAGAGCGGCUCUGGAGAGGUACCUUCAGAGAAUAGUGGCUCACCCGCUGUUGCUGCAAGACCCUGACGUCCGGGACUUCUUGGAAAGAGAAGAUCUCCCCAGAGCAGUAAACACCCAGGCGCUGAGUGGAGCCGGUUUCCUCAAAAUGAUCAACAGGGCCUCCGAUGCCGUCAGCAAGAUGACCAUCAAGAUGAACGAGUCUGACACCUGGUUUGAGGACAAGUUCCAGGAGGUGGACACGGAGGAGCAGCAGCUGAGGAAGCUUCUCGCCGUAGUCGAUUCCCUGGUCAGUCACAGAAAAGAGCUGUGUGUAAACACAGCCGUGUUUGCCAAAAGCAUGGCCAUGCUGGGGAACUCCGAGGAUAACACAGCCCUGUCCCGGGCCCUCUCCCAGCUGGCAGAGGUGGAGGACAAGAUGGAGCAGCUGCACCAGGAGCAGGCCGGCACCGACUUCUUCAUCUUCGCCGAGCUGCUUGCCGACUACAUUCGCCUGCUUGGUGCUGUGCGGGGUUGCUUCGACCAGCGCGUGCGGGCGUGGCAGCGAUGGCAGGAGGCUCAGAGCACGCUCCAGAAGAAGAGGGAAGCUGAAGCCAAGCUGCUGUGGGCUAACAAACCCGACAAGCUGCAGCAGGCAAAGGAAGAGAUCAACGAGUGGGAGGCAAAGGUUACUCAGUACGAGAGAGACUUCGACAGGAUUGGGAUGACCGUACGGAGGGAGGUUCUUAGAUUCGAGAAAGAAAAGGCCAAGGACUUCAAGAGCCAGAUAAUCAAGUAUUUAGAGGCAAUGCUGCAGUCUCAACAACGGCUCGUAAAGUUUUGGGAGGCGUUCCUGCCUGAGGCGAAGGCAAUAGCCUAAUGAAGUGGAUUUUCAUUUUUAUAUGUACUAUAUAUAAAUAAAAAAUAAAAAACCCAACUGCCUUUUUGAACACUUUACCUCUUUACCUGGAGAUGAGAGAACAGUUUUGAAGCACAGAAGAAACGUCCGUCGAUUUUUUUUCCUCUUGUCUUUUUGAUUAAAAUGAAUUAUUCUGUACAGACGUUUGAUAUAAAAAGCUGCCAUGUUUCCCUAUGUAUUUGACAUCAUUUUUAGAGUUUCAUUUAAAGAAUGAUGUAAAGCAAGAUUCAGGUCUGACACAAGCUUGUCCGCAUUGUGUGUUUGACUCACUGUCUUGUCAGUGGAAUGUUUCUUCUUCCUUAAACAAGUAUGUUGAGAUGUUUAUACCAAGAUACUCCACCAGGUAUCAGUCUCUGUGGUUUACGUUGGACGAUAGUCGUAUGCAGGUCAGUCCGCUCCUACAGCCGCUGUUGAAUGGGAGCAUGUUGCAAAUUUUGAUGCACUAAAAUGGAUCGCACAAACAGAAAUCAGUUUUUCUUUGUUACUAAAACACCUUUGUAAAUGACUAUUAAAUGUAUUAAUGGAUUCUUAAGGUUUAUCAUCUAAAGUAUUUCUUACAUUUGGAAUCAUGUUACAACGCAGCACUAACAUUAUGGGCUUAUCGAAGUUUUAACCAAUUAAAUAGUCGUAAGUUCAUCAGGAGAAUACAAUCUGUAUUGGUAUAUUUGCUCCGGUCAUAUUCAUGGUAUUAAUGACUUUGUUGAUCCAUGUAUUCACUAUUGUUACGUUUACUUUGUUGUAAGCCCAAGUGAGCUAAUGUCGACCUACGGCAGAGAUUGUUUACAUGUACUCAUGUCCAAUGUGUGAAUUAGAUCAUACAGGUUUUGUUUAGUAAUAUUCCUGCCUAAUAGACAGUGACUGGUUAAACAAUAACAGAACCUGACAAUAAGUGAUAUGGUCCCUUUAUUUACUGUUUUCUUAUUGUAGUUGUUCCCUUUACAUAAGAAUGUGCUUUAUUUUUAUAACCACUUUGCAUUCAUACAUAGAUUUUCUUUGAAACGUUAUGACAAAUGUACAAAAUAAAUGUUUGACUAAGAUU